GUCCUAGAGCAUGUGACCAUGACGCCCCACUAAGAGGACCAUGACAACUGGUCAGGUCACAGCAAAAAAACCUAGAGUUCUCCAUGCUAAUGAGGUGUCUAGAUAGGUCCCUCCAUACAUCUGGCACUCACUUGGAGCCAAGCUGAUUCCACCCCAGUCCUGGGUUCAUCGUAGGCUGGAGUCUGGGUACACCGGAGCAUGGGGACCACCUUUUUCAAUUCCUCGUUGUUUCCAGUGGCUUCUGGAUGUACAGGAAUUUCAGAACUACAACACCCAUUCCAGCUCCUACUGUUUUCACCCAGAGAAACACAGGCUGGAACCCCUGUCUUAGACUGCUUUCACCUUCCCUGAGCAACAUGUCAGCAGGCAUCCAGCAGCAAGGCAGAAACACAGAACUGCAAAAUUUUCUUGAUGAGAUUUGAGUUAGUCAAGAUGAGCAAUCGUAAAAGCAAGAAUAACAUACAUGCAGAGUGUCUUUCCCAGGUACAAAGAAUUUUACGUGAAAGGUUUUGUCAUCAUACUCCUCAUAGCAACCUAUUUGGAGUGCAAGUACAAUACAAGCAUUUAAUUGAGCUACUCAAAAGAACUGCUAUCUAUGGAGAAAGUAAUUCUUUACUCAUUGUUGGACCACGAGGAUCAGGAAAGACUACGUUAUUAAAUCAUGCCUUGAAAGAGCUCAUGCAAAUAGGAGACAUGAGUGAAAAUGUGUUACAAGUUCACUUAAAUGGACUGCUACAGACAAAUGAUAAAAUUGCUCUGAAAGAGAUCACAAGACAAUUAAAUCUAGAAAAUGUAGUUGGAGAUAAAGUUUUUGGAAGCUUUGCUGAAAACCUUUCGUUUCUUCUGGAAGCUUUGCAGAAAGGUAACCGGACUAGCAGUUGCCCAGUGAUCUUCAUACUGGAUGAAUUUGAUCUUUUUGCUCAUCAGAAAAACCAAACACUCCUUUAUAAUCUUUUUGACAUUUCUCAAUCUGCACAGACACCAAUAGCAGUUAUUGGCCUUACAUGUAGACUGGAUAUUUUGGAACUCUUAGAAAAGAGAGUGAAGUCACGAUUUUCUCACCGGCAGAUACAUUUAAUGAAUUCAUUUGAUUUUCCGCAAUAUUUGAAAAUAUUUAAAGAACAAUUAUCUCUACCUGCAGAAUUCCCAGAUAAGAUUUUUGCUGAGAAAUGGAAUGAGAAUGCUCAUUGUCUCUCCGAAGAUUCAACUGUGCUUGAAGUUCUACAGAAACAUUUCAAUGUCAACAAAAACUUGCAAUCAUUACAUAUGCUGUUGAUGCUUGCUUUAAAUCGCGUAACCGUGUCACACCCAUUUAUGACCUCAGCAGAUCUGAUGGAGGCGCAGCACUUGUGUAGCUUGGAUGCCAAAGCGAGUAUUGUACAUGGUCUGUCAGUCUUGGAAAUCUGUCUUAUAAUAGCAAUGAAACAUUUAAAUGACAUAUAUGAAGAGGAGCCCUUUAAUUUUCAAAUGGUGUAUAAUGAAUUUCAGAAAUUCAUUCAAAGAAAGGCCCAUUCUGUUUAUAACUUUGAGAAACCUGUGGUCAUGAAGGCAUUUGAGCACUUACAGCAAUUGGAAUUAGUAAAACCCAUGGAAAGAACCUCAGUAAAUUCUCAGAGAGAAUACCAGCUAGUCAAACUACUUUUGGAUAAUACUCAAAUUAUGAAUGCUCUACAGAAAUACUCCAACUGCCCUACAGAUGUCAGGCAGUGGGCAACAUCCUCGCUCAGCUGGCUGUGAAGAUUUUAAGUACAUUUCUGUGAAGACCUAAAACUAGUGUUCUUUAAUAAGAUACGCUACUACAUUACUUUGUUUAUAAAUACUGUUUAUGGGAAACCUGCACUUAGUAUCUUGACUAUGUUUUGAAUAUUGACCGUGCAUGGACAGUUUCAUUAAUUUAAAUUACACCAUACAAGUAACAAUUCAAAAGAAUAAAAUGUGCUUAUUUUACGGGUGAUCCAUAAGAUGACUUGAUACCUUGUGAAAUGUAUGUGGUCCAUUGGAAAGGUUAAUUUCAACUAAGCAUUUACAGAUCAUAAUGCUAAGCAGUGAGGAGAGAAAUAGGAACGGGAAUGACAUGAGGAAUAUUCCGGCUAGAUUAGGAGCCUGUGGAGAUUGGGGUUGGUUUGGUUUUCUUAGUUGGUUUCUAUAGGAUCCUGCCAUUUUGGAUCCUGUACAGAUCCCCAUGGCUGAAGAGCUCGUGUGGAAAGAGUCCAAACAAUUCAGCAUUUUCUUCUCUGCACAUUUCACCACAACUGGAGGAGUUUUUUUUUUAAUAUACAUUCUGGGUAUACUUUAGUUCAAAAGGGAUCAAAAUUGCCAUCUAACAAGUAUCUUAAAGGAUUCCUGGUAACUACUUCCACAAAUAAGUAUUCAUUCCACAGUGUGAGCUGUUGGCUUCAAAUUCUCUGAGAACAAGGAAUGUUGGUCAGAGUUCACUUCCUAAAUACAUAGACAUAGAACUAACAGGUUGAAAUAGAAUAUAAUCUCAGUGAGUUACUUUGUUGAAGAAUAUUUGAUUGAAUAUUUAGUUAUAGUAAGAUUUUAUAAAAUAGAGAUCCCUUCUACUUGCAACUUGUAAAGUUUCUGCAGAAUUAAAUGCUAUUUUAUUUAUAGAUUAGGAAACUCUCACCAGUGUCUUGAGUCCAGGAUCACAGUAUGGGAAUGACAGGUGUGACCUUGAAUGCAGCUUCGGUUGACUGACAUUAAAGCCAAUGUUGUUAAAAAACUAAAGCUUAGCAACAACGUUUUACUAUUUUUACAGGAUACUGUAAGAAAUAAUUUGACUUUUAAGAAAUCUUAAAUAUAAAUUUCCUGUGCGUUAAUGUAGUACCUCAUAGUUAAAACCUACUUUCUUCAUACACAGCCUUUUCCUUUCUUAAAAUAAAACAUGUUUAGCUUUC